AGUCCUGAGUGCUCAGAAACAUUGCUUCCUUACAAUGUUCUGCUAUCUUUCCUGGAUAGGAUAUUUCUGAAUGUUUCCAAAUGUUUGAGGGAAAUUUCUAUUAAAUUCUAACAUCUGUAUGAACCAUUUGUAUUUCGGUAUAGCAGUUGGAUCCUUAGAAAAAAAAUUCUAAGAGAGAAUAGGUGGCUGACAGCUCCGUUCUGAGGGGCGGAUUGCAGGUGCUCUCAGCAUCUCGCCCUUUAAAAGAAAGUGUGACAGAACUUCUCACCGUGACUCUUCAAUGCACAGGAAAACAAAUGCCAAGUUAACCUGAGUAAAUGGGCACAAAAGCAGCAGUGAUAAACCUUGGCACAGAGGCAGUUGGACCAUGAAAAUGAAAUCUUAGGCAAUCAGAUAAACACCGGGCACCAAAUACAACAAAAAAGUCAUAUGCACUCAAGCUUUUGGUUGUUCAAAUGGAAAUCCAAUGCAUUAUUUGUGAAGAAGCAAGAACAGUUUGUGAAGGGAUACUCUGUUCUAAGAACUGGUUGUCUUCUGUUUUUUCUGCUUUGCUUUUCUUUCCCACGUUGCCUCCAUGCUCUGCAAGUUUGGGAUUUAUCCUCUCUAAUGAGUAUUUUUAGCAUCUGUGUACAAAACAUAAAAUGCUUGUGCUUCAGUAAAAGAUUAGGAAUUAGGAGGCAGAUCACGUGUAAAUAUAUAUUUCCACUUCUUUGCUAUACCCAUGGAAGUAUGGAAAGAAGAUAUUCCAUGUGGACUCUCCAGCUGGCUUUGAUUGUGCACUUUUAGGGUCCAAUUGUUUCUCUGGACCGUUUUAUAUCCCUUGAAAGUGUUACAGAAUUUGCGUAGAAAUUUCCUGUCCAUCCCUAUAUCUGGGGUGUUUGUUUGUUUUUUUUCCUUUCAGACUACAUGGAGGAAAAGAAUACAUUGUCUGAAACAUAUAUAUAUACAUAUAUAUUACAUAUACAUAUAUAUACGCCAUAUAUAUAUAUAUAUAUUGCGUAUAAACUGAAUGCAUUGUUCUGUGUGCAGUUAACGUAACUCCUUGUUUCUAUUACGAUUCCCAACAUGACUUUGUUGACAUAGUUUUCCUUCUGUAGUUCAAUUUGAAGUCUAAAAUCAGUCCGUGGUUAUUUUACUAUGUCAUAAAGAUGAUAGAAUUUCUGGCAAGCUUGUGAAAUAAGCAGAUAAGUUCUCUUCUCUUCUCUUCUCUUCUCUUCUCUUCUCUUCUCUUCUCUUCUCUUCUCUUCUCUUCUCUUCUCUUCUCUUCUCUUCUCUUCUCGUCCGGAUACAAAGCUUUUGGAGCUAUAUAAUGCUGUCUCAUUCUAAUGUAUUUCUUUGUUUUAUAUAACUAAUGUCUUGGCUCUGUCUUUGCCAUGAGGGAGCUUCUGAAUCUUGAGGGUUUGGGGGUCUUCAGCAAGCACUUUGUAUAAAUUAUAUCAACUCAAAGGAAACUUACAUCAAGCAGCGUGGAAAAGUCAUGAGACAUGGUGAACAUUACAGAGAAAACUUGUUCUUUAUAGCAGUGAACUGUUUUCAGAAGCGCACUGCACAAAGUUCUGCUGGGUGUAUUUUCCUUCUUGACCAUUUGCCAAGAGCAGAAGAUGAAGCAUUAGUGACGUGUAUUGGCAGGAGGCACUGAGAGGCCUGUAACCAGACCACAAAAGAUGCAGAGGUGGAGUCAAGGUCUGAUUUCACCCAGACAGACUGCACUAGGGUUUCCCUCGCAGGACCCUGUGCUUACAGUGCACAGCACAGAUGGUGUGAACACUCAUGAACAAUUAUUCAGAGCAAACAGGAAAGUUCAGUGAGGAAGGAAGAAUCAAGUUGUUCUUUGAAGCUCGCUUUGCGCAAUGCCUUGCGUUAUUUCCCACCUGACAUACAAAAGAAGCUGGUGCUGGAAUUUGCUGAAGAACUCAGGCUGUAUGGCCAUAUCUACAUGUACAGGUUCUUUCCAGAUAUUGAGAUGAGGGCGUACCCCAUAGAAGACUAUCCUUGCAAGAGCAAAUCAGCUGCUGCCAUCAUGCUGAUGAUCAUGAAUAACCUGGAUCCCUCGGUGGCUCAGUUUCCACAGGAGCUUGUCACUUACGGAGGAAAUGGGCAGGUCUUCAGCAACUGGGCUCAGUUCUGGUUGGCAAUGCAAUAUUUGUCAGAGAUGACCGAAGAGCAAACAUUGGUAAUGUACAGUGGACAUCCUCUGGGACUCUUUCCCAGCCAUCGGUAUGCUCCGCGAUUAGUCAUUACUAAUGGCAUGGUUAUUCCCAACUAUUCUAGUAGAGAUGAAUAUGAGAAGAUGUUUGCUUUGGGAGUAACAAUGUAUGGUCAGAUGACUGCAGGGAGCUACUGCUACAUUGGGCCCCAGGGAAUAGUCCAUGGAACCGUGCUCACAGUGCUGAAUGCAGGCCGUCGCUAUUUGAAGGCAGAAGACCUGUCUGGAAAGGUGUUCGUUACUUCUGGUCUUGGAGGGAUGAGUGGGGCUCAAGCAAAGGCUGCAGUCAUUGCUGGGUGUGUGGGGAUUAUUGCAGAGGUUGAUGAAGCAGCGCUUAUGAAACGUUACAAGCAAGGAUGGCUCAUGGAAAUUUCUAAUAACUUGGACCACUGCAUCGCUCGCCUUAGAGAUGCAAGGAAGAAUAAAAUUGCCCUCAGUUUGGGUUACCAUGGGAAUGUGGUAGACCUGUGGGAGAGGCUUGCAUAUGAGCUGGACACAACAGGGGAGCUGCUAGCUGAUCUGGGGUCUGAUCAGACUUCAUGUCACAAUCCAUUCAGUGGGGGAUACUAUCCAGUCCAGCUUGGCUUUGAGGAAGCAAAGCAGCUCCUGUCCACCAAUCCAGGGAAGUUCCGAACUCUGGUACAAGAGAGUCUGAGGAGACACGUGGCUGCUAUUAACAGACUAACUGAUAAGGGCAUGUUUUUUUGGGAUUAUGGCAAUGCUUUUCUCUUGGAGGCUCAAAGAGCUGGUGCUGAUGUUGAGAAAAAAGGAGCCAAUAAGACAGAAUUCAGAUAUCCUUCCUAUGUUCAGCACAUCAUGGGGGACAUUUUUUCCCUGGGAUUUGGGCCAUUCCGCUGGGUUUGUACCUCAGGUGACCCACAGGACCUUGCUACCACUGACUCAAUUGCCAUGUCUGUGCUGGAGGACUCCAUUCGUCGGGGAGUGAGCACAUCUGUGAAGCAGCAGUACAAUGAUAACAUCCGUUGGAUUCGGGAAGCUGGGAGGCACAGCUUGGUUGUUGGAUCUCAAGCUAGAAUCUUAUAUUCGGAUCAGAGGGGUCGUGUGUCUAUAGCCAUAGCUAUUAAUCGAGCAAUUGCUGAAGGAAGGAUUAAGGCUCCAGUAGUCCUGAGCCGAGAUCACCACGAUGUGAGUGGGACUGACAGUCCUUACAGAGAAACAUCAAACAUUUAUGAUGGAUCAGCCUUCUGUGCAGACAUGGCGGUACAAAAUUUCGUAGGAGAUGCAUUCAGAGGAGCAACCUGGGUUGCCUUGCACAACGGCGGUGGAGUCGGCUGGGGUGAAGUGAUCAAUGGGGGAUUUGGGCUGGUUUUGGAUGGGUCCACGGAGGCCGAAGAACGAGCUAAGAUGAUGCUCAGCUGGGAUGUUUCCAAUGGAGUUGCCAGGCGCUGCUGGUCGGGUAAUGACUAUGCAUACGAAACGAUCUGCCAAGCAAUGAAAGACAAUGCUGCACUGAAGGUGACUCUUCCUCAAAAAGUGGUGGAUGAGAACAUCUUAGAACAAGCCCUCAAAAGUUAGUGGUAUUCCAACUGCAGUGUUAUCCUGGCAGAAACGUAUGAAAAAAUGUGCUAACGAUAAAAGCCUUGCAAUUGUCUCUGCCACGUGAGUUUAUUCCUUUUAACUCAUUAAUAGGGCAGAUCUGUGUCUGCCCGUGACAGGUCCACUGAUGGCAGGAGCAGCCUUUUCACUGGUAAGGAAAGGAGCUGAAAUUUUGUCCAUUGAAAUAAAAUUAAAAAAUAAAUCGAGCUGUCUAAAUGCAA